AUGACAAGCACAGCGGGGUCAGCGAGAGAGCCAGUCGAUCUGCUCGGCAAUCGCCGCAAGACAAGCCUUGCUUCACCCUCCGAUUUCGCGCCCUCUCAGGGCGCAAAAAAGGGAAUGCCGGCAAACCGGGCGUCCCAGGCACCUCAGAAAUUCGCUUCAAAAGGCUUUGCAAGCAAUGCGUCUUCCAUCACCAGGGCAGAUGCGCUGGAGCCAUCUGUUAUCGUUCCGCACACAAGCACAGUUUUACAGGCAUGCCAGAAAAUGGCAUCACUGCGGGCCUCUUCGCUUCUAGUUGUCGAAGAUGUGCAGACGACGGUGCCCUCUGUUUUGAUUGGAAUUGUCACCGACAAAGACAUUGCUUACAAAGUGAUUGCAGAAGGGCUCGACCCAGCAAUCGUGCUGAUUUCCUCCAUAAUGACCCCCAACCCAAUUACCAUACAGUCGGGCACCUCGAUGAAUGAUGCGCUUCAAAUCAUGACUGAUAAGCACUUUCGCCACUUGCCUGUUGUUUCGGCGUUUGGAGAAAUCGAGGGCGUGUUGGAUAUUACGCUUGCAAUGCGAGGUGCCAUUGAGAAAUUACGCAAAUCGGAAGAGCUAACUCGUAGCCUGACUUCUGCAGUUGGGCAUGUCACCCAGGACCACCAUUAUGCUGGCACUGAGCAGUUGAUGGGCUUUACUCAGCUGCUCAAAAAGCAGCUCUCCACCCCAGAAGUUGCCGGUAUCUUUGCCUCAUCACUUUUGAACACGUCUGCCUCGUGCUUGCUAAAGACAACGAUUAGAAGCGCAGCCAUCACAAUGAAAGCAGCGUCAAGCACAGCUGUUUUGGUAUUGGAUGAAUCGGGAUCUCUUAUCGGCAUCUUCACAUCAAAGGACAUUGUUCGCCGCGUAAUCUCAUGCAAGCUGGAUCCUUUGAGGACGACCCUUACCCGCGUGAUGACGCCAAAUCCAGAAACCAUCUCUUUAGAUUCUUCCUUAUUAUUGGCAUUAGAGAAAAUGUAUGCAGGAAAAUACUUGCAUCUACCUGUGAUCAAGGAGGAUGGCCAUUCAUCCCUGAUUGACAUUUUGGAUAUUUGCAUCCAUGUCAUUGGAAAGGAGAUUGAUUUUGAAGGGUUUUUUUCGGCCCCAUCUUCAUGCGUUACAGACAAUUCUUCGCCUCACAUUCAGGAUGAGUUCACGGAAGAUGAUACUGCCAGCGUCACGUCGCUAGAAACCAAUGCCAGCUCCAAAAUUUCAAAGGGCAAUAGAUGGUCCUUCAAAGUCCGCAAUGGCAGCAAUGUUGUUUAUGUCCACAUUCAGCAGCCGCUUCACUCGGCAUUGGUUUUGGCCGUCAAAGAAAAGCUUUGCCUUGACGAGCCGUUUUCAAUAUCAUUCAAAGACAGCGAGAAUGAUCUUGUACCCAUUUUUAAUGACGACGACCUGGUUUCUCUUAUCGAAAUGAUACUGGGAUCGAGCUCCGGGGCAUCCAUUGAUGCUCCGAUCACACUUUUUGUUGCCCAUGCAAAAGAUAUUUCUGUGGCGUCGCGCGGAAAGGCAUUGGAUUGGUUUGGAAGCCUUUUUAAAGACAAUAUCUUGGCGGUUUCAGUGUCCUGCGGAAUUGCCGGAAUACUUGGUACCGCUCUUUUGUACCGAAAGCUCAAAUAA